AUGCCGUUACAGCAGCAAGGCCAGGAGCGACCACCUCUCCAACCAGUCUACGUCAUUCCACUAAGUGGUGCUGCUGCUCCAGUCGAACCAAUCGCCGUGGGCCCAAGCAACACGCGAGCAAUUACACAACCAUCAGUUCCCUCUAUAGCUCCGAAAAUUGACUCUCCAUCUACGUCUUCUCAAGAGAUGGGUAAAAAAAGGCAACCACUUUUUCCACUGGAUGAUCGGGAAAUGAAACGAAGGGUCGUAAAGCAGUAUAUGGAGCGCCGUCGGCGGGCCUGCAUCUCCGACAAACUAUCUGCACUCCACAGUCUCGCUGUCUCUCUCGUUGGGGAAACGCCACAACAACAGUCACAUCAGAGGAUAGAGAUCACUGACAUACUGAACCAGUGCGUGAGCGUGCUGCAGAGCUUGUCAGAGUUUGUGAAGAACGAACCCGAACUACAGGCGAAGAUGCAUCGCCUAAAACUGCCUUCAGCGAAGGAGUCGUCAGAGGAGCAGCGGCGACGACGGCAGGGCGAGACCUCCACCUCGAAGGAGGUAAUGAAGGAAGAAGCGGUGGAGGUAGAGAAGGAGAAUGUGAUGCCUCAUGCAUCGGCGUUCACGCCCGUCGGUCGACACCGAAUGGUAACUACUUCAACGCCUCUAGAGGCCCCUCCGUUGUCGUCUCCGCCACCUUGCCAGCAGUACGAGUCUCUCUCCAUGACGCGAAAGCGGAAGAGGGAAAGUACCGACAGCGGUCUCAACUCUCUCGCCUCUCCCUCGACCGGGGCUAAUUCCACGUCAUCUUUCACCUCUCCAACCCCUUCCACUUCCGCGUAUUUUUCCUCGCGCCUCGAGGAAACUCAACCGCUAAAACGAUCGAGGAAACCCUCCUCAUUUGAUAUCUGGCGGCCUUAUCGAGAUUGA